AGUUCCUCUGAGAAAUCUCCUCUACGGCAUCUGCCUGCCUGUCUAUGACUCUCACAGUGAGAAUGGAAUAAGUUAAGGAGUUUCAGCAGGAUUGUGUGCAGUCGGCUCUCAGAGCUUGCCGGUGGAAGUCUGUUCCUCCCUGUUUUUGUUUCACAAGACACCUCACCCAGAAAAGAAAGUAAAAGUCCCGAGGCAACAAGAGGAGCUGUCUCAAGACUUUCCUCUUUUUUAUAUGUAAAACUGUGGUAUACCCUUCAUCAGCUAAGCGAGAAGAACAUCACUGAAAGUUAAAGGGUUGUUGAAGGGACACUACCCUGAUUACUGUGGAACGAACACUGCAAAACAGCUAGAUAUUUGGCUUCAAAAUGGAAUAACAUGCCUGACGUGUUUACUUUAUUCAUUUCAUUACAAGCUGCGUCGUUGGUUUGAAGUGUUUGGCAAACAAAGAAAGACAAUCAAGCGUGUAAAGAUUGAAUCAGACUGCAAGAUGCCAUCCUGUAUAUGUUGGUCCUUGAGAAACGCAAGAAAUUCUGCUAACAUUGAAUACGUCUGUUGAAUCCUGAAGCACAUCUGCUGCACACAUUUGGAACUCAGCAGGUGACUCCAUCCUAUGACAAGAUUUAUUUAUGCUUGAGUGUCUCUUUUUGGAUUGUGAUGCCAUUUCAAUGCUUUGACAGGCCUGUGUCGAGGCCAUAUGGCCACCGAUUGAGAAUGGAUACUGACACCUUGACUGCCGUGAACUUUACAUCAAUUUCCUAAAUGAAGCAGAUAACAUUGCCCAAUGACAUGUGAUCCUCUGACUCAGAUAGGCCUUGACUAACACAGUAAUACCAGCUGCAGUUUGACCACAUAUCUCAUUCCAAGCCUCAAAAGGCUUGUGAGAGCCAAGUGCUUAGAUCUUACAUCAAUAGUUACAACCUGAUUUGUUCUUGGAAAAUACUAAAGAUAUUUAGAUUUCUGCUGAGAAUGACACAAUUGGAACUGUCAUGGCGAUCUAUUUAAUGGGUUAAUGCAACUAAAGCUGUAAGUCACCUUCUGAUUCACAGGUGGAAGCUAACUUCCUGUAAUUCUCCACAAUGGCAGCAACAUACAGACUUGUUGUUAGCACCGUGAACUCUUAUAACAGCAUUUUAAUUGAUCAACGUUUCCAGCAUACUGUACAUUACUGUAAUGGGUCCUGUCGAGCCUUCCUGAAUGCUGCUGGCAUUGAUUGCAAUGUGAUCCACCAUGCCAUCUGUUCAGAGCUGCUGAGUCAUUCACCCCUUCCCUCUUCCAACCCAAGGUUGGCGAGUGUGCAGGACUUAACCCACGGGUUUCUAACUGCUGAAAACAUGGCAGCUUCUGCUGACAUCGCUACUGACGAUGGGCACCAGCUUCUGCCUGGUGCUACCAGGGUCAAAAAGGGAAUGGGUACACAAGGUAUAUCCAAUCUAAAAGACAUCACCGGUGAUGCCAUCAAUCUGGCCAGUGGCAAAAUUAAAGAGUUUUCAUUCGAAAAACUGAAGUGCCCUACAAGCCAUGUGACUUUCAGGAAAGGAAGAAAAGUAAAACCAGAUGUGUCCUGCAGAAAAUCUGCUGACUUUGAUAUAAUAUACAGCCAUGUUGGCAGCAAUGAAAACUGUCCACCUUUUGGCUUUGCACAAAAAUCAGCCUUUGAGCAAAAAGAGCCGAACCUUAUGACAUUACAUGAACAAAAUAUCACCAAUGCCGCACAGCUAUACCUUCAAAGCCUCUCAGAAGACAAUUUCAUCACCAAAUUUUUAGGAAAACACAAAGCAGAUAGUUCAGAUUCAGGAGAGGACAUAAGGAUUUGCUUAGAUAUUUUGUUGAAAUGCUCAGAAGACCUAAAGAAAUGUACAGAGAUAAUUAAGAAAUGCAUUAAGAGCAAGUCCCAUAACAAUGAUAACAGUGAUGCCAGCAAUAAUUCUGAUCUAAUCUACAAAAAUGUGAUGGCACGACUCUCAAGCUACCUGAAGAAGUUGCCUUUUGAACUUGAACAUGGGUUAUCUGGACGGGGCAAUCAGCAUGAUCUCGCUGAACUGGUAAACAGCCUGCACAGUUUGCAGCAAAUGCCAUAUCCACCAUUUGGGAAUGAUCAACCACCCAGAUAUGAGGAUGUUGUCCAGGCAUCGCCAUCCCUAUCUAUCAAUCUACCUCUUCCUUCAGUCGAUACUCCAGUUGUCCAUAAAUCUACCGACAGCAAUGGUAAGAUGCCUAUGGAAAAUGAUUAUGGCCCUUCGUAUAAUGGCUGUCAUCAAGAGAAUGGUACCCAACAACAUAGUUCAACUGCUGUAACUCAAUCCCAAGUACUACCUCAUGUAAGUCCACUAAAUCACUCUGACACUUGUUCCUCUCAAGAUUCAUUUCUGUCCAGGAAUGUUGAUGGUAUUUCUAAGAUACAAAUGGAGCCUCUUUAUAUUCAAGAGGAUUGUGACUUUGAUCAGGUUUUGGAGCAGAAAUCAAGAGACAAGGAUUACUUAAGAUUUCAAAUGGCUGAAAAAUAUCUUCAGCCUCAAAAACAGGUCUCUCCUGACAUUUGCAGGAGAGCAGGAGAUGAUACUAUUAAAAUGGGUGAUAAUUUGGGAGAAAAUAGUUUGCGUGUACAGCCAACAUCUGAAUUUCCCAGCCUCUUAAAAAAUGUAAGUAAAAACCAUAAUUCCAUGGAGACUUCAAUAACAAGAGCAAAAACUAAAUUAGAAAAUGAUAAGGCAAUGCAACAAGAGGACAUUGAAAAGCUACUGAUGGAUUUAGAAUCCUUUUCUCAAACCAUAAACUCCAGGCAUGAAUAUGAUUCUUCUCGAAACAAUGAUAUUGACAUGAAGAAUUAUAGUGAACAAUCAGGACAAGUUAAUUUCUUGACCACUGAGUCAGGAAGUAAACACUUAGAAGUGCCAUCCAGUGAAACUGUGCCAUUGCCUUCCUCCACAAAUGGAACUAAUGAAACUAAAAAUAACAAAAAUGAAGAGGAUGAUGCAGCCUUGCUCUUACGCAUUUUGGAGAGUAUUGAGGGCUUUGCUCAGGAGUUGGUUGAACAUGGGAGUAGUAAGGGUAUCUUGGCAAGAGAAACAGAAGUAAUGCGGAUACUCCAAGAUACGCUAUCACAGGCUUCUGACUCUUGCAAAUCUGCACACUCUGCAUCGCCUAUCGUAAAUAAAGAUACAGGCUCACACCUAUCGGUUCAACAGACACCAGAGGUAAUCAAGGUCCAAAGCAAUAAAGAAAAGAAACCUGGAACUCCACCCCCUGCUGUGACAAAUAUUGCUCCCAGUCCUCCCCCUUCAAACAAAGUUGUUGUCAGCACCCCUGUAUCCAUAAACAUUCCACGCUUCUACUUCCCUAAGGGACUUCCAAGUGCUACCAACAAUCACAAUGAGACCAUUGCCAAGGUUCAAGCAGCCUUUGCUGAACUUGAGGAUGAGAAAGCUGAUAUCUAUGAAAUGGGCAAAAUCACAAAGGCAUGCAGCUGUCCUUUGUACUGGAAAGCCCCCAUGUUCAUUUCUGCUGGUGGAGAACAGACAGGAUUUGUGUCUGUACACUCUUUUGUAACGAUGUGGAGAAAAGUACUGCAGAGCUGCCAUGAUGAUGCAUCUAAGUUUGUUUAUCUUCUUGCCAAACCAGGCUGUAACUAUCUGGAACAGGAGGACUUCAUCCCACUCCUGCAGGAUAUCGUGGAUACACAUCCAGGUCUAACGUUUUUGAAGGAUGCACCAGAAUUCCAUUCACGCUACAUUACCACGGUCAUACAGAGAAUAUUCUACACAGUCAACAGAUCCUGGUCUGGCAAGAUAACUCUGACAGAGCUGAGGAAGAGCAACUUCCUGCAAACUCUCGCCCUUUUGGAGGAAGAAGAUGAUAUAAACCAAAUUACAGACUACUUCUCCUAUGAACAUUUCUAUGUCAUUUAUUGUAAGUUCUGGGAACUAGACACUGACCAUGACCUCUUCAUUGACCAGAAGGACUUGGCCAGACACAAUGACCAUGCUAUCUCGAAUAGAAUUAUUGAAAGGAUAUUCUCUGGAGCAGUCACAAGGGGUAACUGUGUACAGAAAGAGGGUCGGAUGAGCUAUGCUGAUUUCGUCUGGUUUCUGCUUUCUGAAGAAGAUAAGAAGAAUCCCACCAGCAUGGAAUACUGGUUUCGAGCCAUGGACAUUGACGGAGAUGGCAUAGUUUCUAUGUAUGAGCUUGAGUACUUCUAUGAAGAGCAAUGUGAACGCAUGGAGGGAAUGGGCAUUGAACCAUUGCCAUUCCAUGACCUCCUCUGUCAAUUGCUGGAUUUGGUGAAACCAGAAUGUGAAGGUAAAAUAACCAUGCGGGAUUUAAAGAGAUGCAGGAUGGCUCAUAUUUUUUAUGACACCUGCUUCAACUUGGAGAAGUACCUGGACCAUGAGCAGAGGGAUCCAUUUGCUGUACAGAAGGAUAUUGAGAGUGAUGGUCCGGAACCUUCUGACUGGGACAAGUAUGCAGCUGAAGAAUAUGAGAUUUUGGUUGCUGAGGAAUCAGCCAAUGAGCAGUUACAGGAAGGCUCAUUUGAGGAAGAUUACGAAUCAGAUGAACUAUCCACUCCAGAGCUCAGCAACAAGAUGGACAAACUUGUCAUUUCUGACCUGCCGACAUAAAUUCAAAGCUAGCACAGCUGCUGGACAGUCAGGGUGACCAGUAGGCACCAACUUUAAGGACUGACCACUACCCGGUCAGACAUGUAGAGAAAAUAAAUUGUUUAUAUUGUUGUUUUUGUUGAAGAGAUUAUGCUAGAUUUUAUAUCAGAACAAAAGAAGUACAUGCUUACUGUGUGCAAUGAAAUUUAUCCAAAAUCAAAAAAAAACUGUCUGUUUGUGCAAUAUGUCUUAAAAUGCAGUGUUAUGUAUAUGGAUUUCUAUGAGAUGCCCAUUACUACAUUUGUCCACAUUUAGUUAUUGCUUAUUUUUCUAAUCCCUCCUGUUUUAUCUUCUUGUCAACAUUUCAGGGUCAUCUUCUUUCCAGUAUAAAUCAUCCAUUAUUCAGUGCCUUAUCAAGGCUUGGUAAAGUUCUUUUCUUCCUAUUAGUAGUCUCGCACUGAUUUUUUUUCAAAAAAAUUCCUCUCGUUAUCUGAAGACAGUCCCAGCCAAGUGAGCUGUAGAACCUAAUAUAAAGGCCCAACUGGAUAAAAUGAUGUGUGGUUGUUUGCAGGAGGCAACACUGACACAUAGGCAUUCAUAUGGCUGUUGAACAUGGUAAAAACAUCAAAUUUCGCAUGCUGCGUUGCAUGGAAAAUGUUUAAUAAAAUUCACAGAAUUAGACCAGCCAACUGGCUGGCCCAAAGGAGAUGGCUAAUUUUCCAUUUUCUUUGUAUAUUCUAUAUUUUCUCAUUUGUGGAAGUUUCUACACAUCAGCGGCGGGGGUGGGGUGCGGGGGGAAAAAAAGCAUUUUUUUCUUAUAAGAGCAAUUCAGUAUCUUGCACUUGCUCAGCGAGUUAAGUUCACAAACAUCCCCAGGAAACCUUUCUUAACUUGCUGCUUAGGUUCUUGUAGGUACCUCUUCCUGCUUCCAUUGCUGUUCCAUUCAAAUAUUUGCCUGACUGCAAUCUGCUCUUUUGGUGCGCUCAGAUUGCUGCUACUGUGAGGAUACAUUCUUUCAUUCAACACUGGUUUCACAGUUUAGGUGCAGUUUAAAUCAUAUUUAGUGAUUGGGGAGUUCCUUUUUGCUAACUAUAAAUUCACAAAUCAAUACUGGAGGCUCAAGAGAAAAAAAGAACAUAUUUUCAUAUUUUGUCACAUUAACAGUCCACUUCACUCUUUACUCAGUCUUAAAAACUUUUCAAAAUCUACUCCGUAUUGAACAAGAAUCUUACCUUUUCAGAGACCAAAGUCCUUAAAACUUUAAAAAUAAACUCCCUGUCACAAAACCAGACUGAAUUCAACAUGAAAACAUAUCAAGGUGCCUUCUGUUUCUGAAUGUUAAAGGAAGUCUGUAAGUUUAGCAAAUGCAAUGGUCACAAGCAUUAAAUAGUUAAGAGAGUGCAGGUUACUGAUAUUAAAAGUUUAAUAGUUUAAAGGAAAUGCAUUGUAAUCAUUCAGUCAAUACAAUUAAUAUUUAUUCUGAUGAGUGCAAAUUGCAGGUUUAUUUAGAAAUCUUGUAUAACAUCUCACAGUGCUUGGUUUCAUGCACGAGGUUAUUAUUUCUGAUCUUUGGUGGUUUCCCAGUUACAAUUGUAUUCAAAUUUCCAUCUGAUAUUGAGCCUUUGGAUCUGCUGUUUAAUGGACUUCACUGGGCAAUGGCCAAGGGGUAUUAUCACUAGACUGUUAAUCCAGAGACCCAGGUAAUAUUGUGGGGGCCUGGAUACAAAUCUUACAAAUGGUGGAAUUUUAAUGGAAUUAGGAGUUUAAUGAUUACUGUGAAACUGUUGUGAAUUGUCAGGAAAACCCGAAUGUACUCUAGGGAAAGAAGUUUACCUGAAAUGUGACUGUGGACCCAUAACUGCCCUCUGGGCAGUUAGGCCAGCAUAUAUCACCCAUCACUAGAUAGUGAUGCCCACAUUCUGUGAAUUAAUAAAAAGAAUGUUCCUCCUGGAUUCAGGGAAAUCCUGUCCUAUUGUGGAAAAUGUCAUUGAGAGUCCUUAAAAUUCCUCUUAGUCUAAAAUUUCCCAACUUUUACAGAAAAUCUUUCUUGUCUCACCCUGACCAUUUUACUUGCAACCAUAAUGAGUGUUUCAACAGACAACAAUGAAGAAGCAACAUGGUAUCACAAUACUGAGUAGAGAAAACCAUUCUGACUUUCAAAUGGUGUUUUCACAGAACACAGGCAAGGGUAUGAUUAAGCCCUGAUUAAAGGCUAUGGCAUUAUGUUAUUAGAUAUGAAUUAAUUCUAGUCCAGACCUGUUUUGUAUAAUGUAUCAAAAGUACUGUGAACUGAAGACAGACCUACUGUUAGGAAGUUGUAAUUGAGUUUUCCUGAUACUAUGCUCAUAGAACAUUACAGCACAGUACAGGCCCUUCGGCCCUUGAUGUUGUGCCGACCUGUCAUAUCGAUCUCAAGCCCAUCUAACCUACACUAUUCCAUGUACGUCCAUAUGCUUGUCCAAUGACGAUUUAAAUGUACCUAAAGUUGGCAAAUCUACUACCAUUGCAGGCAAAGCGUUCCGUUCCCUUACAGUAAAGAACGAACUUGCUUUCUGUUUUCCCUGGUCCCCUAUCAAUCCUCCUUCAAUAUUACUGUGGACUUGUCAUUAUUGAUAUGUAAUCAAAAAGCACAGAAAAUGCUGGCAGAAUAAAGCGAGUCCUUCAGAAUAAGUCACAGAAGACUAACAUUGCAAGUGCAGCAGGCGAUUAGAAAUGGUCUGUUGCCUUUAUUGCAAGACAAUUUGAGUACAGGAGUAGUGAAAUCUUGCUUCAACUGUAAAGCAGCUUGGUUAGACCACACCUAAAGUAUUCUGUACAGUUUUAAACUCCUCAUCUCAGGAAAGAUAUUUUUUGCCAUAGAAGUUGUGUUUUGAAUGUUCGCUGGAUUUGUUUCCAGGAUAACAAGACUUACCUAUGAAGAAAUCUUAGGCAACCUAGGCCUGUAUUCUGUAAAGUUUUAAAACAUGAGAGGUGAUCAUAUUGAAACAUGUAAAAUACUUAAAGGAAUACACAGGGUAGAUGCAAAUCAGAUGUAUCCCCUGUUCGGAGAGUCUAGAGCCAGGGAGCAUAAUUUAAAAAUAGAUAGAGAUUGAUAGAUUGUAUCAGAGAUAAUGGGAACUGCAGAUGCUGGAGAAUCCAAGAUAACAAAGUGUGGAGCUGGAUCAACAAAGCAGGCCAAGCAG